GUAUGGCGGCCCUGUCCGGGUAAAGCUUCUCUGACGUACCAAGAGGAUAACGUUUUAAGAAUUAAUAAAACUCUCAUCAAACAGCAGUAUAAAAACAAUUUUCAGUUGUGUAAAAUAUACCCAAUUGUGCGGAUAGAUAUUGACGAUAAUCAUAUAGAAUAUAUGGAUGAAUCGUUACAGUUUAAAUCAGACGUGAAUAUAUCUCAUGAAUUUAUAACAGUUCAAUGUUUUAAUAGAGACAAUGAUAUUAUUUACACCAACUUUCAUGCAUUUGUCCAAAGGAACGAAUCGCUGCUUGAGAAAAAGAAACCAACUUAUACUCUUGAACAUAAAAUUUCAAAACAUCCAAUGAAAAACACUAUUUUAACAAACAAGCUUUCACUAAAUAUUCUAUUAAUUGGAGUUGAUUCAGUUUCACGAUUGAACUUCAUACGACAAAUGCCUCUCACUCGUCAGUUUUUAUUAAAGCAUGGAGCCUUUGAAAUGUUUGGUUACAAUAAAGUGGCUGAUAAUACAUUUCCCAAUAUGGUACCAUUUCUUACUGGUCAGUAUGUAGAAGACCUACUUGAGCCAAGUAAAUCUGCGUCAAAGCCUUUUGACAAACACGAUAUAAUUUGGAAACAUUAUAAUAAAUCCGGUUACGUUACUAUGUUUGCAGAAGAUUUACCAUCUGGAGCAAUGUUUAACUAUUUGAGAUAUGGUUUUAAAAAACAACCGACUGAUCAUUAUUUCAGGCCAUUUGCGCUGGCAAUGGAUGAACAACGUUCCUUCUGGUCAAAUAAUUUGUUUUGUUUCGGUAAUCGUAUGGAAGCAGCUGUAGUUCUACAAUAUACAUACGAUUUUAUCAGAGUGUAUAAAGAUAAACCAUAUUUCUCGUUAACAUUUAUUACGCGUGUUUCACAUGAUGACAUGAAUGAAGCAGGACGAGCAGAUCUUGAAUAUCUGAGGAUCCUUGAGAAAUCUUAUAGUCAAAAUCUGCUAAACAAUACUAUUUUGUUUUUCUUUUCUGAUCAUGGAAUUAGAUUUGGUUCAUUUCGUAAAACUUAUGUCGGUCGACUGGAAGAACGACUUCCUGCUAUGUACAUCCUUCCACCUGAAUGGUUCAGAGAUAAAUUUCCUACACUGUGGAAUAAUCUUAAAGUAAAUACUCACCGACUAACAACACCGUUUGAUAUAUAUGAAACCCUACAAGAUAUCUUAAAUAUCGAAAAAGCAGCAGAACGUUCUAAAUCUAAUGAAAUUGACUAUAAAAAUCUCAAACGAAUCAGCCUGUUCAAGAAGGUACCUUUAAAUCGUUCUUGCGAGGCAGCAACUAUUAAACCACACUGGUGCACAUGUCACGUCUUUACUCCAGUUGCUGUUGAUGACAACAUUGUAAUUAAAGUAACUAAUUACCUUGUUAAUUAUAUCAACAAUAUGACAUUAAAUUCUAAAAACUUGUGUGCCAGGUUAAAAUUACAGAAAAUCAAAAAUGCUGAAUUUUCAGGAAUGAAUGACGAGGUACUUUCUUUCCUUGUUAAAGGAAUACAGACUUAUAAAGAUUACCGAGUUAUUAUGCAAACACUUCCUGGGGAAGGAUUAUUUGAAGGAUCGGUAAGGUAUUAUAGGGACAAAAAACAAUUAUCCUUAUUGGGACAGAUUAGUCGAAUAAACCGUUACGGACAUCAAUCAGAUUGUAUUCAUGACAGUCUCUUGAGAAAAUAUUGCUACUGUAUAUAACGGUUUGCAAUAGAUUUUUCUAUGUAUUAUUUGAAAGUACGUAUAUA